GCUUUAUUAUCUGUAUAUCUUUUUCCCCAUUUUAUUUGUAAUUUUUGAUUUAUCGCUCGUCCACGGUGCUUUGGUUUUCCGUCGCCCAAUUCUACCACCGGACCACCACCGCCGCCGCCGUAUCUACGUAUCAGUUUGCAAAUGGAUCGGAGUAAUUUGGGGGAUUCCUCCUCUUGUGCUUUAUGCCAUAGAAUUCUUCCAUCCAACAAUGAGGCUGACGAGCUUGACGAUUUUAGCGUCUGCGCUGAUUGUAAAUUUUUGUUUCUGGAAGAAUUUGAGACUGCAUCGCCCUCGCCUCAAGUCCACCAUAGGAGGAGGGGUCGAUCGAGGAGAAGAUUCGUCAGUUCUGAGUCCAUGGAGAGUAUGUUCUCUCACCAAUUUUCACAAAUCUCAAGGCAAGACGAUGCUCGUUCUGUGCGGUCGUCUACAAUGUGGAGGAGAUUCUUUUCCGAUACAGAAAGUGAUGGUUUCGAUUCUCUCUAUGUCGACGAGUCUGACUCCAAUGCUAGCUUUCGGAGAUACAGGGCUGUCCACGAUAGUGACUCUGAUGAUGCCCCGAGUGAGCUAGAUAUCGACCCCAUGAAUGCUGGCACGUUCCAGUGGAAUUCGGAAGAUGACAGUAGUGAAGGUGAAGCUCAGCCGAGCCUCUUGGUUAACUGGCGCAGGCAGCUACUGUCCCCUCAACUCGUGGGCACAGUUCCACUCAGUAUACGCGACCGGAUACAAGCACACACUGGCGACCUGUUAACCAAUUUGGAUGAUGAGUCUUAUGUUGGGAAUUCGGGGGAUUAUCUCGAUGCCAGAGGCUUUGAGGAUCUUCUCGACCAUCUUGCUGAAAACGAGGGUUCAAGGAGAGGGGCACCUCCUGCUUCUCUAUCAUAUAUGAACAAUCUGCCACGUCUCACGAUUAAUGGAGACAAGCAACAGCAGCAGGAGUGUGCAAUCUGCAAGGACUCCUUCAUGCUUGACGCAGUCGUCAAUCAGCUUCCCUGUUUGCACCUUUACCACCCUUCCUGCAUCUUGCCGUGGUUAGCUACAAGAAAUACAUGCCCACUUUGCCGCUAUGAGCUUCCAACGGAUGACAAUGAGAGAAGUGAGAUGGUUGAUGAGCAAUAUUUGAUUGAUGAUGCUUCCAUGGAUGAUGAUGCUUUAGUCCAUCAACUUGAAGUUGAGGAUGCUCCAAGAAAUAGAUGGCUCUUCCUUGCUGCUCCGAUUGUCAGUAUUCUUGGCAUAUCUCUCAUUCUGUGGUUUGGCAAUUCAUCCGCAGCUAGAUUGUGCGCAACUGGCGCUAGCCGGCCUCUGUGCCGUCGGGAUAAUAACCACAGGAGAUGGUGGUCGUUUUUGUAAAUCAAGUAUUGGCAUCAGCUCUUGUAUAGGUAUGUUGUAUAAGCUUUUUACAUAAUCAUAGAUAGAUUGCUUCUUAUGUAGCUAUGUUUCUUCUACUCUGUAUUUCCAGUGUUGUAUGCUAUUGUAUUCAGUUUGCCGGUUCUUAGCAAAUAGGGCUGGGUAUUCGGUUUGCCGGUUCUCGGUUAACCGAGAACCAAACCAAAAAUGUCGGUUUUCAGUUAACCGAGAACCGAAAUGACAGUUACGGUUCGGGUCCGGUUAGGAGACCCGCAUUGAUGUCGGUUCUCGGUUUACACCGAGAUUAACCGAACCGAAAACCGAUUAAUAAGUCCAUCUAAAAAUGUAGACUCAUAUUUAUAUGGGCUAUGAGCCACAUAUAGAUACUUAAGCCCAAAGGCCAGGAUGAUUAAUUUCUCUAAGGUUGAGGCUUAUCUUUUAUAACAAUGUUAUGUAUUCUUAUUAUGUUGUCAAAGUCGACGUGGGAUUUUUUAAGAUACAUAAGUGAUUUUGUGGGUU